AAUAGGUCAGUUGCAUGUUCAGAUACAAUCGCAUCCUGCAGGCCCUGCUAUCGUGCGCAAACUAACCUCGUUUCCGCUUGUGAAAACGCCAAUGUUGCAGUUGACUCUCUUGUAGAGUCGGUAUUUCUGACCACGAAGACGAAGCUUGAUAACGUUCUCUGCCAUCUUCAGGUGUUUCGCGCUGACCCUCCUAUCGUGAUCUUUCAUUCGCAGACCAUAGUCGCCCCAUACCACGGUUGUCCCCUUCAUAGAUCCUCCAGUGGGAACACGACACCUUCCCUUCAUCUUCUUCUUCCUUCGAUCCAGCUGCGGCUCGAGCCAUGACAGCUGGGGCACUGUUGACGAGAACGGCCUCGCAUUGCGAAUGGUCGGAAGGGCAGGGAGAGUUCGCAAGGAGGUCGGGAUUAUCGACGGUCGCAAUGUCGUCGCAGGAGCAAUCCUCAGGCCCUGGAAUGCGGCCAGCAGGGCCGAGGACAUUUUUCGGCUCAUGGUGUAGUUUGCAGAGGAUCGCGAGCCGAUGCAAUCACUCGAAUUAUUGCAAUGACUUCUACCACAGACUCUUUCAUGAAAGCAGCACGUAUUUGGGAGAUCCACAUGCAAAACUGGACGGAUGGAGCUUGGGCCUUGCAAUUGGCUUAUGUCAUCAAUAGAGUUGCAGGAACACCCCACUUAUUUCUAAUGAGAAUAGGAAGGAAGUCGCGUCAUUAACGCGUUGUUGCCUGGCAGGUCCUUUUCACUCCAAUUUUGUACUAUUAUCGUCUCGCAUGCCGCCGGCGAGCUGCACAGAUUUUCUUAGUCCAUGAGCAUUCACCGUAACACUCUCUGCCACUUUGCAGACAGGACUGUCACGCAAUUUGCCUUGUUUUGUACUUAUCAUCCCAACUACAACGUCUAGCGGUUUACCAUCAAACACCAUGCCGGCGGAUAUAAGAUCUUUCUUUGGGGGUAAGGGCGGCGCCGCCCCCGCUAAACCUGCAGCUUCGAAAAAGGAGAACGAGCCAGUCAAAAAGGCAACAAAAACUCGCAGCACCCGAGUUGUGCUAGAUGACAGCGACGAUGAGCCUGUUACGGCACCAUUGAAGGCUUCAAUCAAAGCCACACCAAAGAAGAAGGCGAGCGCGGAUGCUCCCAAAGGGACUGCUAUCACUGCCAGUGACUACUUUGCAAAUACUGCCGCAGGUGACAACAAACCACAGGCAACCCCGAAGGCUACCUCAAAAUUCAAGUCAGAAGUUGAGGUUCGAAUCAGCCCACGAACCAGAGCGAAGGCCCCUGUAGAACCAAGCUCUGCAUCGGCAAAACCAACCAACAAACCGGUAACUUCACCGGCUCCAAAGGCAACGGUAAAGACUACCACGAAAGCCACAAAGCCGAAGAAGCCAGUCACAGCACAUAAGAAAUACGACUCGGACGAUGACGCUGACGCGUUUGUUGAUGACGAUGAGGAUGAAGAUGAUGAUAUAUUUGCUGCAGAUAUCAGAGGACGGGGCAAGCGGAAGAAUGACGAAUAUGUUGAAGAAGAUAGUGACGAUGACGUUUUGCCGCAACCCAAGAGGCUUGCGUCACGUGGAAGACCCAGAAGAGGUGUCGCCAAAGAAGAGUCAUCGGACGAAGAAGAGGUUUCGAAACCCUCGAAGAGUGUUGCCACUGGCAGGAAACGAAAGUCUCCUCCAACUGACCCAGAAGUGUCUGAAGACGAGGACCUGAAGCCGCGGAAGAAACCAGCCGCCAAGCCACGAGCCACCAAACCAAAAGUUGCCCCCAAUGAGGACCCAAGUAUUCAAGCCAUCUUGGACAACGUUCCUACUGUUCGCCCGCCAACGCCGCCCCCGAAAGAUCCGAAUGCCAAGUUUGAUUGGCGAAAAGCUCAGGCGGGAGGGGGCAAUUCAGGGGCACCACCAGCUGCGGGCUCCAUUGAUCUGCCCGAAGGUCAGGAAGACUGUCUCAGUGGACUCACCUUCGUGUUCACAGGCCUGCUUAAGACGAUCGGGAGAGAAGAAGCUCAGGCGCUGGUGAAACGCUAUGGAGGUAAAGUGACUGGUGCCCCAAGUGGGAAAACCAGUUUCGUGGUUCUUGGAGACGACGCUGGCCCGAGCAAGCUUGCAAAGAUUAAACAGCAUCGCUUAAAGACUAUCGACGAGGUGGGACUCUUUCACUUGAUCAGCACGCUUCCGGCACAUGGAGGCAGUGGUUUGGGGGCUGAAAAGGCCCGUGAAAAGCGCGAGGCGGAAGCGGAGAAGGUCAAGCAGGCGGCUGAGGAAAUGGAAGCCGAAGAGAAGGCUAAGAGGCUGGCGGCUGAGAAAGCUCGAAAGGCCGCGGGCGCCAAGGGUGCGUCUGCACUACCGGCACCGCCUCCCCCCAACUCGCAGCUUUGGACAACGAAAUACGCACCUACGGCACUCAACCAUAUAUGCGGAAACAAGGCUCAGGUGGAAAAGAUAAAGAAUUGGCUCGAGAACUGGCCCAAGUCAAGAAAGUAUGACUUCAAGAAGCGCGGCGCCGAUGGCUUGGGUGGUGAGCGUGCCAUAAUUAUUUCUGGUCCCCCAGGGAUUGGAAAGACAACAGCCGCCCACAUGGCCGCUAAGCUGGCUGGUUAUGACGUUCUCGAGAGCAACGCCAGCGAUACUCGGAGCAAGAAGCUGGUCGAGAACGGUGUUAGUGAUGUGAUAAACAACACGUCGCUCCUCGGAUAUUUUUCGGGUGAUGGCAAGAAGGUCGACCAAGCCCGGAAGAACAUCGUCCUGAUCAUGGACGAAGUAGACGGCAUGUCCGCCGGUGAUCGCGGAGGUGUCGGUGCGCUUGCAAAGUUCUGCAAAAAGACCGAGGUUCCGCUCAUCCUGAUCUGCAACGAACGCAGACUACCCAAGAUGAAACCGUUUGAUCAUGUUGCGUUCGAUAUUCGCUUCAACAGGCCAACGGUAGAUCAGAUUCGAUCCCGGAUCAUGACAAUUUGUCACCGGGAAGGACUAGGAAAAAUGCCGCCCCAGGUCAUCGACGCCUUGAUUGAAGGCUGCAACAAGGACAUUCGACAGAUCAUCAACAUGGUUCACUCCAUCAAACUCGAUGGCGCCUCACUUGACUACACCCAGACCAAGUCCAUGACAAAGGCGUGGGAGAAGCAUGUCAUUCUCAAGCCUUGGGAUAUCUGCCAGAAAAUGCUCGCGGGUGGUCUCUUCUCACCAGCAAGCAAAGCCACUCUCAAUGACAAGAUUGAGCUCUAUUUCAAUGACCACGAGUUCAGUUACCUGAUGAUUCAGGAGAACUACCUUGGCACGAAGCCAAUGGCUUUGAGCGGUAAGGGAUACAAUAAAAAGGAAGAGAACCUCAAGUAUUUGGAGCUGGUAGAAAAGGCCUCGGAAAGUAUCAGCGACGGCGACCUGAUUGAUCGUAUGAUUCACGGUCCGCAGCAACAGUGGUCCCUGAUGCCCACGCACGCCGUCUUCAGCUCAGUUAGACCGGCUAGUUAUAUCGCCGGUCAGCUCAUGGGCGCCAACUUCACGUCAUGGCUGGGCAACAACAGCAAGACAGGCAAGCUGGGUCGUUUCGUGCGCGAGAUACAUUCGCACAUGAGACUGAAGUCCUCUGGUGACCACAACGAAGUCCGCCAGCAGUAUCUCCCGGUACUGUGGAACCAGAUGAUCCAGCGACUGGGAGUAGACGGUAAAGAUGCCAUCGAUGGUGUCAUUGAGCUGAUGGACAGCUACUAUCUUACUCGUGAUGACUUUGACGCAAUCAAGGAGCUUGGUGUUGGGCCUCAGGACGAGUCCAAGGUCAACAUCGAGACGCAGACCAAGGCUGCAUUUACUCGAACCUAUAACUCCAUGUCUCAUCCGAUACCCUUCAUGAAGGCGAGCAAUGUGCAAGCGCCCAAGGCUGCGGCCAAGGAAAUGCCUGAUCUGGAGGAGGCCAUCGAGGAAGAAGACGAUGCUGCUGUUGUUGCGGACCCUGCCGCCGAUGAAGAAGAAGAAGAACUUGACCUCAAAAAGGACAAGUACAUCAAACAGCCCAAAGCCAAGCCGGCCAAGAAGGCGGCACCCGCAAAGAAGAAGACGGCCGCGGCCAAGAAAGGGGUCAGUGCGGAGGACGAUUUUAUUGAUGACGACGACGAGCCUAAGCCUGCUGCGAAAGGCAGGGGUCGUCCUACCAAGGCAGGAAAGGCCAAGAAGUGAACAUGUUGGUUUUUUUUCUAUGUGCUGACUUGAGUUCUCAAGACCGUUGUGGAAGCACGUCAGCAAAAGACUUGUAUCCGCUGUUGAGGUCUUGUCAUCGUGUAGUGGAUGGAGAAGUAAGGUAGCGUCGUCUUGGAUGUUGCUCUUAUCGGUACGAAUUUCUUCUGCCCGUCCGUUGUAGCUGAGCCUUAUUUUGAUGUCACACAAGCUAGGACUUCGGCAAGAGGAGUUGUUCAGCCGUCGUUUCUAUUUCGCGCGAUGUGUAGAUUAAUAAAACCAAUGUUCUUUGCUUGUGAUA